UCUCUCCCCUCUCUCCCCUCUCUUGCACACUCUAUACCUCUGGCACUCCGCACUAUCUCGCUCACUCGUUCAGCACAAGGGGCGGAUUCUCCAUAACCAGCUGUAGCUUAAUGUGAUCCUCACUUCUCAUUAUUCAUCAUUUCAUUGAUGUUCUCUUGGUUUUUUUUGGAGCGGGGGGUCACAUUUUUUUCUUAUGUAUUAAAUGUAUCCGCUGCCGAUAGUAACAGCUUCCAGUGUUUGGGUGCUUGCAAGGUGCACAAAGUGUAGAAGUAAAAUAACUUUUGCGCUAUCAGUAAAGCUUUCUUUUGAAUCCAGACACUUUUAGUGGCUCAGAGACUAGUCAACAAUGGAGGGAUUUUUGUUAUUGUAGUGGAUGACUCAUUGAAAUUAUUCUACCCCCUCCAGACUGCUGGAUAUAGAUUUUCCUUUUGUUCCACCUGCUUGUUUCACCCCUCAACGACUCUGAAGAAUCAGUUGGGACUACUUUAGAGUGCCAUUUUUUGCAGCAAGUGCGAACUUUCGAGGAGCCAAGUGAGACACAGCAUGGCUGAUGGACACACAGCUGAUUGUUGAACUUUUCCGUCCUGGGAGGCACUCCAGAUAAGACCACAGUGUCCAUGGAGCCAGUGGGAGUCUUUGUGGAAAGAGAUGCCAACGCUACCGAAACACCACUGAGCACGCAUGAGUACACAGCGGCAACCUUUUCCAUCGGCACCAUCCUCUCCCUCAUGUGCUUCGUUGGAGUUUCGGGGAACAUCUACACCCUGGUGGUCAUGUGCCACUCCAUGAGGACUGCAGCCUCCAUGUACAUCUACAUCAUAAACCUAGCUUUGGCAGAUCUGCUGUAUCUUCUCACCAUACCCUUUGUAGUAUGCACACACUUCCUGAAAGGCUGGUACUUUGGAGAUGCAGGGUGUCGGAUUUUGAUCAGCAUGGACUUCCUGACCAUGCACGCCAGUAUCUUCACGCUGACAAUCAUGAGCACAGAGCGUUACUUUGCAGUCCUCAAGCCCCUCGACACAGUCAAGCGGUCCAAAAGUUACCGGAAGGCCAUUGCUCUGCUGGUCUGGGUUGCAUCUCUAAUCCUUACCCUGCCAAUGAUUCUGAGCAUUCAGCUAAUGACAGUGGGCAAUAAGGCUAUGUGUCAGCCCACGUUGUCGGCACUCUCCUACAAGGUUUAUAUCUCCUUCUUGUUUUGCACUAGCAUUGUCGCUCCUGGACUGAUCAUCGGCUAUCUCUACAUCCAGCUUGCACGCACUUAUUGGAUUUCACAGACUGAGACGUUCAAACAGACGAAGAAACUCCCCAAUCAAAAAGUGCUGUACCUCAUCUUCACCAUUGUACUCCUCUUCUGGGCAUGCUUCCUGCCCUUCUGGAUCUGGCAGCUGCUGGGUCAGUUCCACCCGUCACUGCCCCUCUCAACUAAAGCCAAACGCAACAUCAACUACCUGACCACGUGUCUGACGUAUUCUAACAGCUGCAUCAACCCCUUUCUGUACACGCUGCUAACCAAGAACUACAAGGAGUACCUGAGGAAGAACAAGCGGUCCUGGUCAGCUGGCAGCUACUUCAACCGAAGGAGUCGCUUUCAUCGUUCACCCCGCAGGUCGCCAUCUUCCAGCAGUCAGCAGUGUACUGAGAGCUUUAUGCUCACGCACACAGCCUCUCUGCGAGCACAUAACAGCAGUUUGUAAGAUGUGGCUGAGAUGUGCUGGAAGAGGAAAAAAGGAAAGGCAGAGGCUUUUAGAAAGACACAAGUACAACAAACUCCUUCUCAUCACACAUAACUGGAAGAGAAGAUGCAGAUUGAACGCACUUCUGUAUUCGCAUUUCAAUGCAUGUGGACCAUCGAGAAUUUCAAAAGCACCAAACCAGCUGCUGGUUUAGACGGCUUGCCAAUCAAACACCUGCAAGUCUGCAUUUAAUUGUCACUCCCAGAACUUCCCUUGGCAUGAGGAGAAAGAUCAGUGUCUCACAUAGAAAUUGUUUUAACUUUAUGCGUUCUCAACAGCCGGGUAAAGCUGACGUAAGUGUGAGUUAAAGGCAAUAUUAUAGAAGUAUCAGUGGUUUGAUUUGCAAAACUAAAAAAAAAGAUUUUUCUUAUUUUGACACAGAUAAACAAACGGAAAUAUUCUUUCCGCUUGAAUUUUUGUAUCUAGUAACCCAGACAUGCCAUAGCCCCAAACUUCCCAGGUUUUGGUGUUUUUUCAGAUAAACAACUGCUUUACAUUAUGCACACAUCUGAGUGUAGCUUUAAGAGUUGUAAAAAAUAAUAUUUCAAGUUAAUUCAUAAUGGAGAGAAAGACAUCCAUUUCCUUAUAGAAGUUACUGAUCUAGUUAAUCUUUAGUUAUUUGAAUUUCUUUACAUGUCUAUACCGCUAUUUGACAAUAUUAUGCUCAAAUAUCUCAACAAAACACUGUCAAGACAGUGUUUUCUCAGAACACUGUCCAGUCCAGUUUAAUCAUGCUAUGGAUUCAAUUCUGUGUGGAACGAGUAGAAACCAAGCUGUUACAUCGUUAUUGAGUUAACACCUGGACCAGCAGGAGACGAGCUGCAAGGUUUGCCUCGUUGAUGCAUUAUGUAACCCGUCUAUCCUCUCAAAAAAUGUUGUUUGAGAGCUUUUGCAUGCAGGAGUUGGGAGAAAUUUACACAGAUCCCACCAGGGGGUCUAGAGUUGGUUAAUUGCUUUUUUAGAUGUAGAUAACUGGCUUUGUGCCAAUAUACACUGUAUAUAGAGACAUGUGGAAUCCAAACUGGUUAUGCAUAUUUGCAGUGGAGUAAAGCCAGAUUUCAUACCCUGUGAUUGAGUCUCCACAGCUAUGAAUAAUUUACUGGCCAGAGAUAGAACUGCCUGUCAGCCAAAAAACAUGACUUGGUUUGGUUUUCUAUGUUCUUUAACUGAGCAAGAUGUUACUUAGAAUACAAAUAAAGCCAAGGAUCAACAAAUAUAAUCUAUUGUAUAACAUGUUGUAAUGUAAUAUAACAAAUUCACAUUCAAGGUCCACGUUAUUACUAAUGAGGGGACUGGCAACGUCAAUGUCUACUUAUUCAUAAAUUAUAUGUCAAUGAUAUUUUACUUUUUUAUAAUAACUGUUCAGGCCAUGAUAAGUACCGACCCAUUGGUAUUUCCCACCCCCAUUGCUACACUGUUUCGACGUUGGAGCCCACAGUGUCACUAACUGCACUCCCAAAAGAAAAAACUGGAAAAAUGGUACGAGAAGCACACAACAAGGCAUGUGAAGGAUCUAUCCAGGAUCACAAAGAAAAUGAUACGGUACAAGCUAAAGCAUACAGAUCACAGUGAAAAAAAGGAACCAACAAAUCGUCAUCUGCUGAGCUGGGUAGAUUCUAGGGCUAGCAGUAGCAGCAUCUUCAGUGAACAACAAAGUACAGAAGGGCUAAUGCUAGUUACUGAUGUGCUAACGUGUUGCUAAUGUUAGCUCCAUGGAUUUUUACUUAGAAACAUCUUUGAACCUCUACAGGUAACUUGUAUUAAUUUUACACAAAGUGUAUCCAUGAAUAGUUACAAAUACACAAAACCAGCCUGAAACUAUACUACAUCUGAAAGCAUUGACUUAGAGUCAAUGAUGCUUUGAUUUAGCAUUUCAAACAUUACUAUUUUACACUCUUAUAAGUACAAUACCGUAUCUCCAGAUUACCCUUUAAUUCUCAUAUAUAUUGAGUGAUUCAAUUCAAUGUAGCAAAAUAUGAAGCAGUAAUGGACCAAAAUCAACACCUGUCUUUUGUAAUUGGUGACUUACAGUACUUCAUCAUAUUAGUUUACACAAACCUCUCAGGUGUGUCAAUUCACUGUAAAACUACUUAAGGCAAGAAAGAAAAAUGAUUUCCGCCAAAUUAUCGGUUUUUCCUUCCCCCUUUCCUGUGAAAUGCCAAAACCACUGACUGAAAAUAUGUCAGGGCAUUUGACGUCAACUAGCUAAAUGCAUGUCAUCUGCGGUUAAAAAAGAAUAUACCUAUUUAAAUCGCUUUCUAGCAUAAGAUAAAGAUAUUUUCUUCUAAUAGUACUGAUGGAGAUGAAAAAAACAGAUUAUCUUGUCGGUCUUGAUGUUUCUCAUGUCACACACAGCACAGACUGAUUAUUUCAACCUGUGUGCAUGGUUUAUAUAUCUACUAAAUCAAACUUAGGUGAAGUUAAUCACAGUAUAAUUCUAUUUAUUGUAGCCAUUCAGAACCUGGGUGGUAUACUCAAAGUCGAUCAUUCUUUAGCACUCUGCGUAUGUUAUCCUCUACCUGCUUAGGUUGUUAUCAUGAAAUAAGGGAUGCAACACACGGCCCAGUCAUGAGAGGUUUGUCUGCCCUUGGCUGUUGUAUUUAUCUUUGACUGCUUUCUCCCUGUGGGUAACACAGCACCUGGAUCUCUGGUGCAAAACGGAUGUUUGUUCUAGAUCAUUUUGUUCUCAACUAAAGACAGUGAUGAAAAUGACUUGCACUUUUAUUAUAAGUUUGACUUUUCUGACUGCGUCUGUGUCCUUGGUAGAAUAGAUAUUAAUCAGUGUAACUAAUUUGGUUAAUCCUACUUUUAAUUUUGCAUGGUACCACUGAGGGGUUGUUUGAAGGCACCUGCUCAACAUUACUAAUGAUCAACCAACAAAAAACGUGAAAGAGAAAAGUGAGACAGGCAGCUGGCCAGUAGAGGGCCAAUAGAGUAGCCCCACCUAAAGCGUCCCUCCUUGAUCCCCCAAAAAAAGAUGUCAAUAUUUGUUUUGAAAAUAACGGAAUGUACUAGUAAAUGUUAAAUAGAAUACCUGCGUAUAAUAUAUUUGCAUUAAAUAUGGAAUAUUGAACUA